GCGGGUAGAAAAAGCAGCGACUCAAACUUUAUAGCGACAUUUAUUGUUUUUACAGCACGACAGAAACGUGUUAGGUGGAACAUGAUUCCCACUGCUACCAGGAAGAGGAAGCUCUCCUCGCUGGACUCUGACAGCCACCCAGCCAAGAACAGGGUGAGGGAGGAGUCGUCCCCCGUGAAGAGGAGCUCCCCCAGGAAGCCCCCACAGUCUCCCACCAGGGAGAAGCCAGUUGGGCGCCCGAACAAGGAUAACUGUACCUCGCCUCAGAAAUUUCCCCGUAGAGCAGCAGGCUCUCCAGCCAAAUCUCCUCGUAAAUCUCCAUUCAAACCGUCCAUGGUUACAAGUUCCUUCUAUGGUGAGAGGAAAGCCGUCUAUCUCACUCCACUAGAGAGGAAGGCACUGAAGGACUCUCUGCCAUCUUCUCCUCCUCCUCGUCUCCUUCCUUCCCCUCCUUCCCAGGAGAAAAAGAAGAACAAGAGGAAUGUUAAAGGAGGCAGCAAGCAGAAAAAGGUGGCUGCAGCCUCCAGUAAUGUGGGGAAGACGGCUACCAGAGGCAAGGCGACCUCUUCAAAGACGAUCAAACUGCCCAAACGUAACAUCAGUGUCGCUGCUAAACCAGCGCCCAAUUCAACUGCUGCUUCCGCUAGCAGCAAUAAACCGGCCGAGUCCAGGAAAGCGAUCACCAUCGCUUUCAGCAGCCUGAAGCCCAAACCGAAGAUCUUUGUGGGAGCUGCUUUCUUCAGCACCGGGAACAAAGCAGCAUCUAUGUACAAGAAAUCUGCAACCAGGCCAGCUUCAGUCCCAAAAAGCAAAAUGGUCCAGCUGCAGACACAAAGUAAGAAAUCAAAGCCACCCGCUCCGUUGACGACCCAACAACGGAAACACCCAAAAGAGGCCGAUGUCCAGCCGGUGGAGACGGAGGAGAACCAGCCGAGCACCAAGCAGAGAACAAAGUUUGAUCCGUCAGACUGGAUAGAACCAGUUAACGAACAGCCCGAAACUCCGCAGACAUUCAGGUCUCCUAAAAUGUUGAAAUACGGGAUUACCAAGGAGCUGACGAUUGUGUUGACAAGGACCCCAACAGCAAGUCCUGCAUCCACGGCCGCAUCUCUCAGUCCUCAGGAUGGUGGCUUUGAACUCGUGUGUGACCUGAGUGAGAGCAGUCCCGCCAGUGCUGCCGCCAGCACACCCAGAGAAUCUGCAGCGAUGUAUCCCAUCUUUGGCUCCGCCUCCAAGAGGUUAAAGAAUGCCGCGGUGUCAUGCAGCGCCCCCUCUGUCCCGAUAACGCCCCUACAGACUACGUCUUCACUCAAAGAGCGGCCUGUUCGCCGGAGGAAAGAGAAACAGGAUGACGACCAGCUUAUUAUCGACGCGGGUCAGAAGCAGUUUGGAGCGACGACCUGCAGCUCAUGUGGAAUGGUUUACAGCGCAGACAACCCAGAGGACCAUUUCCAACACACCCAGUUCCACCAGCGCUUCCUCGACUCCAUCAAGUUUGUGGGCUGGAAGAAGGAGCGAGUGGUGGCCGAGUUCUGGGAUGGAAAAAUCCUCCUGGUCAUGCCAGAUGAUCCCAAAUACGCCAUUAAAAAGGCUGAGGAAGUGCGCUGUGUAGCGGACAGCGAGCUGGGUUUCCAGCAGGUGACCCUGAGCAGACCCACAAAGGCCAAAACCUACCUCUUCAUCAACACCGAGCGCAUGGUGGUGGGCUGCCUCGUCGCUGAAUUCAUACGUCAGGCUUACCGAGUCCUCGAGCAGCCGGACCAACAAAAAGACAUGACGAGGGACGACUUCAUGGAGCGACACCGGACCUGGUGCUGCUCCACCGUCCCAGAGCAAGCUCUGUGUGGGAUCAGUCGCAUCUGGGUCUUCAGUCUGGCCAGACGACAGGGCAUCGCGACGCGCAUGCUGGACACUGUCCGGAGCACCUUCAUGUACGGCAGCCAUCUAACCAAGGAAGAGAUCGCUUUCUCUGACCCUACGCCCGACGGCAAACUGUUUGCAACCAAGUACUCCAACACACCGACCUUCAUGGUUUACAACUUCGUUGCAUGAAGUAGAUACAUGGAUUAAAGGUGUAUUACUGUUUAACCGACUCGUUGAAUUAGACGUACUGCAUAUUAACAGAUCUUCCGGCAAUUGUUAAACUGUUUCAUAUGCAAAGCAAUGACUGUUCAGGUUUAUGUUGAUUAGGCUUUAGUUGUUUGAGUAAGCUCCAGCUGAAUAGCUGUAAUACAUUCCGUGUUCAGGAUUAAGUCGAGUUUUAAAGGUUCAUGAAGCACCUGUUUCCACUUAGUAUUUAUGCUCUAAUUUACUGUUGAAUGUUUUUUAUUGGCGGCUUUCUAUGCAGAUGUUUAUAUUCUGCCUGAGGAGCUUGGAAUUGCAGCGACUGAAACUGUCCCAUUUUUGCAAAGAUACCAAAAGUUUUUUUUGAUCGAAUAUUCAGAGGUUCAUUGUUCUUUUUUUCUAGACAAGAAAAUGUUUAUGAAAGAGUGAAGCCUUCAUCGUUUAGGGGCAGUCUACUUUGUAAAUAUACUUUAAACGUUGACUUUUGUUUUAUGAUAAUAAACAUGUUUCUUGAAAAUGUUUCAGAUUGUACCCGAACAGUUAAUUUGAGGAGGGACUAUCAUGUGUAUCUGCGAAUGGAGAUCAAAGUAGCU